AUGAAGUUAAGUUCCUUACCUAAAAAUUCAAAAGUUGCAGUAUUAGGAGGUGGUAUAAGUGGUCUAACAUUUACUUAUUUUUUAUCUAAAUUAAGACCAGAUUUAAAUUUUCAAAUCUUUGAAAAGUCAAGUAGGAUAGGUGGGUGGAUAAAUUCAACUAAAAUAAUUACCAAAAAUGAUGAGGAGAUAUUAUUAGAAAAGGGUCCUAGAACAUUAAGAGGAAUUAAAGAUGGUAGUUUAAUCAUCGUUGAUAUUUUAAAUCAAUUGGGUUUAGAAAAUCAAACGCUAGGCAUUCAUAAAAAUUCAAUAGCUAAUAAGAAAUACAUAUUGAAUCAAGAAGGUGAAAUAGUACAAGUUCCAAAUAAUAUUGCUUCUAUUUUUCAUUUUCUAAAGAAUGUGAAAUGGAUGGAUGGGAAACUUUAUAGAGGAAUUUUAAAAGAAUCAUUUAUUAAACCAUUAAAACAAGAUGAAACUAUAGAACAGUUUUUUAAAAGACGAUUUGGAAGUACUGUGAUAACUGAUAAUAUAGCUAGUGCUAUAUUGCAUGGUGUUUAUGCUGGAGAUGUUGGAAAAUUGAGUAUAAAGAGUGUUUUACCAUUUUUGAAACAAAUUGAAAAUGAAUCAGGAUCAGUAAUAAAACAUAUAAUGAAAAGUAUGACUAAGAAGAAACAAACUCAACCAUUAUCUAAUGGGUUGCAAAGUUACUGCUCAUUAAUAUCUCCCAAUACAGAUUUUACAAGUAUGAAAUCAAAAUUAAAAGAUUAUCCAAUGAUUACAUUUCAAGAUGGUUUAGAAGUAUUUCCUAUAGCAUUAUCAAAAUAUUUACAAAAUAAAACAAAUGUCAAAAUACAUUCAAAUUCCAAAAUAGAAUCUGUUGAUCCAAUAGAAGGAAUAGUAAAUGGUGAAAAAUUUAAUCAUAUACGAUCAACAAUCAAUGUUCACGAUUUAGCAAAAACAUUACCUCCUAGUAACCCAUUAAUCCCAAAAUUAAAUUCAAUUGAAUACAUAUCUAUUUUCCUAGCUAAUGUAUUUACAAAAAAUCAAUUAAUACCUAAAAAUAAACCAGGUUUUGGCUUUUUAGUACCUAGAUUUCAGUCAUAUUCAAGCAACCCACAAGCUUUAUUAGGUAUAGUUUAUGAUUCUGAUGUUGAAAAAAAUGCAAAAAAUAUAUUUAAAAAUACUCCUUUAAGAAAUUUCAAUUAUGAUAAAAUAACAAUCAUGAUGGGUGGACAUUAUUAUAAUCAUUGGAAUAUUCCAUCAGACAAAGUAAAUCUCAAAAUAGUUAAAGAUAUACUUAAAUCUAAAUUGAAUAUAAAUUUAGACAAAUUUAAUCUUAAAAUCGUCAAUCCUGGAGAAUCAAUUGAAUCCAUAAAUGACAAUGAUUUGAUAAUAAGUUAUGAUUUAAUUACCAAUUGCAUACCACAAUAUAAUUUAGGAUAUCAAGAGAUCAAAACUGAUGUUGAAUCAAUACUUAAUCAAGAUUAUAAAUUAUCUUUUGGAGGUACUGUUUUUGGAGAUGGUAUAGGUGUACCUGAUUGUGUAAUUAAUUCAUUCAAAGAUGCAUUAAAAUUGAAAUAA